UGACAUUAUUCAUUGAUCACCCAUUUCUCAUUUUUUCAUUGCUCAUUUCUCAUUUCUCAUUUCUCAAUUGUCUACUUUUUCACAUUAAUACCUGCCUUUGUAUCCCUUGAGCAAAAGUUGGAACAUCUCUCUCUCUCCAUUCAUUCCAUUCAUUCUCUUCUUUUGCUUGCGAAUCAAGAUAAAAAAUUGAUUCAUGUCGACCUCUUGACCCUCUUGAGCAUGCCCACAUUGUCCACCAUUCCUUCUGAAUCCUUUUCCAACACAAUCCCAUUGGGCAUUUCUGCUCUCGGAUCAGUGUCUUAUUCUACAGGGAGUAAUUCUUCAUGGAUUCCUCUUCUCACCAAAUAUGACAGCGACCUUGCUGAUCAGAUCACCCAUACUCCUGUAAUUCGCCCACAGCCAACGGUUGUUGCUUAUGCUGUAGUAGAGGGGGGCGAAAGCAAGGACAAUGUUCGAGAGUCUGCUUCCGUUGGUGUGCCUACUGCAGUGGCACGCUCAAUGCUUCUACAGGGACUACAGUUUUGGUACAGGGUUCCUAUUAAGCUCUUCAGACCCAUGCGCGUUGACUACCUUGUGAUGGCUCGUGCAGCAACCAUGGGACUGAUUCCACCACCACAAGAUCGUCUUGUUCAUGCCCAAAAGGUUCUUAGUAACUCCAAGGGAUCACAGUUCUUUCGGGCGACUUCCAUUGGAAUGUUGACACAUGCGAUUCAAACACAAGGGGCAGGAUUUGUGUACCGUCAAGUGUUGCCACCGUUACUGUUGAACUCCUUCAUUGGAUCGGUUCUCUAUACCACUUAUAUUUUCACCCUUCCUAUCUUCCAUCCAGCAUUUACUUUUCAAAAAUCGCGAACAUUCCCACCACCACCUUUCCCAGCUGUGUUCAUGGCAGGGGCCUUGGCAGGUGCAGCACAAUCUCUAAUUGCAGCGCCCAUAGAUUCACUCAAAGUCAAAUUUCAGGUACAGGACCUUGCUUAUGGAGGCAAGCAUAAGAACAUGGCAUCAUUUGCGAUUACGACAUUAAAGGAGAUGGGACUCAAGACUGUAUACAGGGGAUAUGCUCUUACACUCAUUAAGGAUUCUUUGGCAUGUGGAUUGUUUUUUGGAGUGUUCGAGUGGGUGAAACAGCAGGGAUACUACUAUUUCAUUGAUGAACUUUAUGGAAUACGUGAGGAUCUGGAUGCUCUCAAAGCAAAGGCGAAUGCAGACUACGACGCACUCACGAGCAAUGGCGAUAAUAGUAACGUGAAUGCGAGGGAUUUCAGUUCAACAAUAUCAUUGCCAACUACCAGUAGCACUACCACUACCAAUGCUGCCAAUGCUACCAAUGCUACCACUGCUAUCGCCUCUAGUGCUGUAGAUGCAUCCAGGAGACCUUAUUUUUUGCUUGAGCCAGCAUUUGUUCUGCUUGCAGGCGCGGCAGCAGCAGUUGCUUAUCAAGUUGUGGACUAUCCUAUGGAGCAGAUCAAGAAUAUAUUUUUCGCAAAGGAGACGGAACUUCAAGCGGAGAAGAACCGGAAUCCACAGAGUCCACAUUCUCAGCACUUGAACUCAUCGUCGAUGCGUUCAGGGACGUCGAUCUCAUCAGAGCUUUAUCAGAGGACGUGGGAGGAGUGUAAAGGUCAGGCGAGUCGGGUGGGCGGAUGGCGUCGGUUUCUCUAUUCGAAUUUCGCAACAACGGCCAUCCGGGCGGUUCCAGCGGCCAGUGUAGGGUUUUUAGUGUUCGAGGUGAUGAAACGGAAGUUGGACGCACGACGGUAUGAAUCGGAAGAUCGAGAGAUGGCCUUGUAUUUGGAUAAGAUGAUGAUGGAGCGUGAGAAAGAGAGGAGGGCAGAACGAGAGGCAGCGAUGGAGCAACAGCGACUGGAAUCAGAACCGGGGUAUGAAGCAUCAAGGGAGCGUGACUAUGAGAAACAAGAAAUUGCCGCCAUUUAGACUUUUUGAUGAACCUGAACAGAUUUCACGCAUUAUAUUUAUUUAUUUAUAUAUAUAGAUGUAUAUAGAUGUAUUAUGUUUAAACAUUACGCACAUACACAUAGACACACACACAUUCAACAACAAAGCAUACUAGCCCCCUUAAACUUUCUAUCAGGAACACGCAUAGGAUAGAG